AUGGCAUCCAGUAUUCUCCCAGAAACGACGUUGCCAUCAUUAAAAGUGAAAAUAAAUGGAAUGCUCCGAACAGCAUUAAUUGAUUCUGGAUGCUCUAUCACUGUGAUUCAUGCUAAAUCCACGCAUGGUCUUGUUUUAAAAAGUCAAAAACUUAUCACAACUUUGGGACGAGCUGUACAUGUGCUGGGUGAAACGGUAAUCAAAUUUGAAAAUGAUGGAAUACACCGGAUUGUUAAUUCUAUGGUUGUAAAAGAAAAACCAUUCGGGUUUGAUUUGAUUUUUGGAAUGAAUGCGAUUGAAAAAUUUGGAGGAGUCAUCAUUUAUGAAAACAAAAGAAACGAAAUAAAGCAUCAGGACUUUGCAGCAAAUUUUGAUGUGAAAAAGUGGACGGCAUCAUGGAACUGGAAUAAAGAGCCUGUAAUUGAUAAUACCAUUUGUGAAUACAACAUGAGCCACGAGUACGAAUGUAGUUACCGCAAAGAAAUAAAUGAAUGGAUUAAUUCUGGCAUUCUUGUACCAUAUAACGAACUAACGUUGGGACCGCCUAAAGUAUUGAUACCGCUAAUGUGCGUAGUGCAAGAAAAUAAGGACAAAAAGGUACGUCCAGUGGGAGAUUUUCGAGCUCUCAACGAAUUUGUAAAUUGUCAUACAGCGAAUGCGGACGUUUGUCAAGAAAAACUGCGUUGUCGGAGAAAAAUUAAAAUGCAAAAACUCUUAAUCUUAAAAAAGCCUACCUCCAAAUUCAUAUUGAUAAAAGACUCUGGCCAUAUCAAACGCAUUAACGUGGCUUCAACAAUAAUGACCACAAUUCUUCGACAUGUGCUCAAUUUAAAUCCAACUGUAAAGAAAGUAUGUGAUAACUACAUUGAUGAUAUAUUUGUGGAUGAAAGUGUGGAAACCGCGGAAAAUGUAGCGAAGCAUUUGCAUAAAUUCGGGUUACAAUGUAAACCUCCUCAACAUCUUGAGCGAGAACGUGUCUUAGGAUUGAGAGUCGAAAAGAAUAAAAAUGGGAAACUGAUAUGGAGACGAGACAAUGUGGUACAAUUUGAACCUUUAAAUGCAGUUACACGAUCGCAGCUUUUUAGCAAGUUUGAAGAUUGUAAAGAAAAACUGAAAUAUUUGCUUCAUCGUGUGGAAAAGGAGGAUCCGGUUGGUGGAAAAUGGUUGGUACCAGUGAAUGGAAAAGCUGAGCUUUAUUGUGAUGCAUCAUCCAUAGGACAUGGGGUAGUUCUGCUCAUUAAUAGAGUAGUUGUUGAAGACGCAGCAUGGCUACGGCCAGCAAGUGACACACACCAUAUCAAUAUAAGUGAACUGGAUUCGAUACUUCGAGGAAAAAACUUAGCUAGUAGGUGGGACAUAAAAGAGUUAACAGUAUACAGUGAUAGCAAGAGCACCGUAGGAUGGGUAAACGCAGUUUUGAAGGAAGAAUAUCGCGUAAAAACUCGUGGAAUUUCUCAGUUGUUAGUACAAAGACGGUUAAAUACUAUUAAGGAAGUGGAGGUUUCAGCAGUAAUAGCAAAAUGUAACCAGUGCAACUCCAUUGAUACUUACUCCGUACAGUGGAAGAAUGGUCAACUAAGCGUAGAAAAAAAAUGGAAUCGGGUUGCCAUUGACGUGACAGAUGUAGGUGCUGAACUGUACUUAUCGAUUAUUGAUUGUGGUCCAUCACGAUAUACAAUAUGGCGUAAACUAAUAACUAAAACAGCUGCUGAAGUUGUUGGUAAACUUGAAGAAAUAUUCUCUUUAUUUGGACCGCCGGUAUGUCUUUUAAUGGACAACGAAUUUCGGUCCAACACGUUAACAAGCUUUGCUGAAAAUGGAAUGUUAAUUUGGAAUAUCGAGCAGCACAUCGAGCUCAAGACAACUCAAGAAACAAAAUGUGACCAACCGUGGAUACCAGGUGUAGUGCAAAAGCAAAAUACUUUAUCGUUUGACGUCGAAUAUGCAAAUCGGGUAUAUCCGCGUCAUAUUUCACCCCUGCGUUGCCGUGCAAACCUACAGAGUUCAAAAGAAUCAGUCAACGAUGUUUUUUACAGACUAAAAGAUAAAAAUGAUAACGCUAAAGGAAGAUAUCACGAUGAUGUUACUCAAAUUGAUUCUCAAGAACGUGUGCUGCAAGUAACACGCUCCGGACGAACAAAUUAG